UGCAACUGGCCUCCCCAUACCUCUCUCAUCCACUCUGCAACAAUGUCUCUGAUCCCAAAACAUUUCUUCAUCUCCUUCUUCUUCUUCCUCUUCUUCUGCAACGCAAUCUCUCUCUCAUCCACUCACUCUCUCCACCUCAGUCUCACCUCUCUCCGCCUCUCCCCCGCUACCAACUCCUCCCCCUUCGCAACCUCUCUUGUCGCCGGCCGGAAAACCCCUCCGCCGUCGUAUCCGUACAGUUUCCGUUCAAACUUCAAAUACUCGAUGGCCCUCAUUGUCUCUCUCCCCAUUGGAACUCCUCCACAGACCCAGCAAAUGGUUCUCGACACCGGAAGCCAACUGUCAUGGAUCCAAUGCCACGGCAAACGCAAACCAUCUCCUCCCCCGACAACCUCGUUCGAUCCAUCUCUGUCUUCUUCCUUCUCCGUCGUGCCCUGUUCACAUCCUCUCUGCAAACCCCGAAUUCCCGAUUUUACCCUCCCCACCUCCUGCGACACCAACCGUCUCUGCCACUACUCCUACUUCUACGCCGACGGCACCUUCGCCGAGGGCAAUCUCGUCAGAGAAAAAUUCACCUUCUCAAAGACCGAAUCUACCCCUCCUCUGACCCUCGGUUGCGCCACCGAGUCCAGCGACGACAGGGGCAUUCUGGGAAUGAACCGUGGACGUCUCUCCUUCGUCUCCCAGGCCAGAGUCUCCAAGUUCUCUUACUGUGUUCCGACCCGACACGGACCCAACUCAACCGGGUCGUUCUACCUGGGCGAGAACCCGAACUCUCGCGGGUUCAAGUACGUGUCCUUGUUGACUUUUCGUCAAAGUCAACGCAUGCCGAACCUCGAUCCACUCGCGUACACUGUUCCCUUGCAAGGGAUCAGAAUCGGGCGGAAGAGACUCAACAUAUCGGCUUCCGUUUUCCGACCCGACUCGGGCGGGUCGGGUCAAACCAUGGUCGACUCAGGAUCCGAGUUCACUUACUUGGUGGACGAGGCUUACGACAAAGUGAGAGAAGAGAUCGUGAGGCUUGUGGGUGCGCGGCUGAAGAAGGAUUACGUGUACGGUGGAUCUGCUGACAUGUGUUUUGUAGGGAACCCGAUUCAGAUCGGACGGUCCAUAGGCGAUCUCGUCUUCGAGUUCGGGAGAGGCGUCGAGAUCCUCGUCGAGAAAGAGAGGGUCCUGGUCCACGUGGAAGGUGGGGUCCACUGCAUCGGAAUCGGACGAUCGAGCAUGCUCGGAGCAGCGAGUAACAUAAUCGGGAACAUCCAUCAGCAGAAUCUGUGGGUUGAGUUCGAUGUGACCAACAGGAGAAUGGGUUUCGGUAAGGCCGACUGCAGCAGAUCGCUGUAGGAACACGAUAUCCCGACACGUGUACGGUGAAAAACAAUUUUGAUGGAAGACUGUGGGUCCCAAGACAGGUCAUCGGUUCUUAAUGGAAUAUCAAUGAAGAAGGGGCCACGUAUAUAUUUACUCGUUUUAGUACCACCACCACCUGUAUAUUAAUUGCGUGUUCAAUGUAAUUUGUUCGAAAUAUCUAAAUAAUAAUGUCAUUUUGCUUUCUCUUUUUAUUUUUAUGUUUGCAAAUUGGGAUAAAUAUUGGACGCACGCGUGUAAUGGUAUAUUUGAGUUAUAGAUUUUACGUUCCACGUU